UCGGUACUGGCCCUGCGACUGGUGUCCCUCUCCCUUCGUCGAGUACAGCGUCUCCGCCGUUCUGUCCACAUGUAUUCCCAACGUUCGUUCCAUCACUUACAUGACACUCCGGCGGCUUCGCACACGUGUAGAAGUAUUAUGGCCUAUUUGCACAGCAAGUUCUCCUGAUAAAGGAACAAAUGUUCGAAAGCCAGCCACGGCUUGCCGGAGCUUUCUUUCUCCGUCCUUGAGCUCGUCUCUACUCGGACCUCGCGCCUCUUUAUCAACUCACGACUCGGAGACCUCUCGAGGGAUCCCCAGGACUUGUCACGCACAGCUCGCUCUCCGCCAUACGUCUAUCACCAUACCGUCUACUCUGAGAGCCGUUACCACUACAUCCUUGUCGCCCUCGAAUUCCGCUAGCGUCAGGAUGGCCCAACCCUCGUCUUCGGCUCGAGAUAGGGAGCGGGAACGCAGCAGUUCCUCCCGUAGUCGUCGCCAUCGCACCAUCUCUUCGACCACUUUGCUUCUAGUUCUCUCGCUCGUACUCGCGGUGCUCGCGGUUAUGCUAUCCCUACCAUCAACUCAAGCCGCCCGAGAAGGAGCGCCCGCAGGCGAACCGAACGGUCAAGGCCUAUGGAAUUAUUUGACGCCAAAACGCACCCAAGCGCUGCUUGCCCGCGAGAGCAACAUCGCCGUGCGCGAAGCUGAGGUCGCGCGUCGGGAGGCUGAGCUACUCGCCGGUGCUCCUGGCGGCGUCAUACCAGCUUGUUCUCCCUGUCCCACGGUUGUGGAGAGAGUUACAGAACUUCCUCCACCCGUUCAGACGAUCGUGAAAGAGGUUGUAAAGGAGGAGGCGCUUACACCUCCUGGAUGGUGGGAUCAGGCGCGGGUUCGUGCGGAGGACAUCUUGGACCGCGAGCUCAAGAUCGCCGAGCGCGAGCGCGAGAUCGGUAGACGUGAGGAGGCGGUGAACCGUCGCGAGCAUGACGCAUCGAGACGUGAGGCUUGGAUCAUGGAGCAACUCGUCGCUCUGAACAGCGAAGAUUCGGUUAUAGAGGAAGAGUACAUUUACGAACCCGCAGGUGCCAGAAGGAAACCCAAGGUACCCCCGCCUCCACCUGUGCAGCGCCGUGCCGAGCUCUGAGACG